GAUGGUAACCUCCCCACCCCCCACUGAACUCUUUCGUCUGCACACCAUCAGCAGCCAACCAACACUCUGCAUCUCCCCCUCCCCUCAGACCCCCCAUCGGACACACCUGCCCCUUCCCCUCUUCACAACUCCUGUCCUACACAACUCGACUCCACACCCACCUCUUCAGUGUCCUUCACUCCUGACCAGAAAGUCCCUCUGCUUUGGAAGACGUCCUGCCUGGUUCCAGUCCCCAAAACUCCACGCCCCAGCGACCCCCAAUGACUACAGACCUGUAGCUUUAACAUCGCACAUCAUGAAGACGAUGGAGAGACUGGUUCUGGAGCAGCUCAGGCCCAUGGUGAAACCCUUCACAGAUCCUCUUCAGUUCACCUACCAGCCCCACCUGGGAGUGGAUGACGCCAUCAACUCCAUGCUGAACCGAGCCUACACCCAUCUGGACAAGGCAGUGAGCAUGGUGAGAGUCAUGUUCUUUGACUUCUCCUGUCCCUUUAACACCACCCUGCUGAGGGAGAAGCUAAUGAUUAUGCAGGACACCUCCCUUGUGUCCUGGAUUGUUAGCUACCUGACUGGCAGACCACAGUAUGUACGUCUACAGCACUGUGUGUCAGACAGAGUGGUUAGCAACAUGGGAGCUCCACAGGGAACACCACACCACAGGGAGUCCUGCCAUCUUCAGAAGUAUUCUGAUGACUCUGCAAUAGUGUAUCAGUGGUGGAGAGGAGACCGAGUACAGGGCAACAGUGCAGAACUUUGUUACAUGGUGUGAGCUAAACC